UGAAUUAUUCAUGAAGUGCUUGAUAUAUUCAGUUGCUUUUUCCAGCUUGGACUCUCCUUGCGAUCCUCCCACCCGGCCCAUCACAUUCUUAUCAGGCCAGUCUGCGAUUGGCGUGCGCAUCGCUCGGCUUGUCCCUCGCCGUUUCUGGUUCCUCGGCAGUCACUCGUUGGCGUCCAGGCGAAGUGGUUCUAACGUCGUUGCCUCGCUCGGUCUCCUCCUCUUCUUGUCUGCGUCAAACGGUGUCCUUGAGCGCGCUAUGGCAUCUGUGUGCAUCAUCGGUUCUGGUAACUGGGGCUCGGCUAUCGCGAAGAUAGUCGGCGCAAAUGCGAAAAAACAAAGCAGCUUUGCCGAUCGCGUCACCAUGUAUGUUUACGAGGAAAUUAUCGAUGGAAGGAAGUUAACAGAAAUCAUCAACGAAACACAUGAGAAUGUUAAAUAUCUUCCGGGACAUAAAAUUCCUGCAAAUGUGAUUGCAAUUCCUGAUGUGGUUGAAGCUGCAAAAGAUGCAGAUAUACUUAUAUUUGUAGUUCCGCAUCAGUUUAUUCAAAGGAUAUGCAAUACGCUUCAAGGAAAAAUCAAAUCUACCACUGUCGGCCUGUCUUUGAUUAAGGGUUUUGACAAGAAAGAGGGUGGUGGUAUUGAACUUAUUUCUCAUAUAAUUUCAAGACAGCUGCAAAUUCCAGUCUCAGUCCUGAUGGGCGCCAAUUUGGCUUCUGAAGUAGCCGACGAAAUGUUUUGCGAAACUACUAUUGGCUGCAAGGACAAGACGAUAGCGCCACUACUUCGCGAUUUAAUUCAGACAUCAUACUUUAGAGUAGUGGUUGUCGAGGACGUAGAUUCUGUGGAAUGUUGUGGCGCACUAAAGAAUAUAGUUGCCUGUGGCGCUGGUUUUGUCGACGGGCUUGGUUUAGGUGACAACACAAAGGCUGCAGUAAUCAGACUAGGUCUCAUGGAAAUCAUCAAAUUCGUCGGUGUGUUCUAUCCGGGCGGAAAAUUGGCGACUUUCUUCGAAAGUUGUGGAGUUGCCGAUCUAAUCACGACAUGCUACGGCGGACGCAAUAGAAAGGUUUCAGAGGCCUUUGUCAAAACCGGCAAGUCUAUUGAGACGCUGGAGAAAGAGAUGUUAAAAGGACAAAAACUACAGGGACCGUUCACCGCCGAAGAGGUCAACUACAUGCUGAAAUCGAAGAAUAUGGAAGGUGGGUUUCCGUUGUUCACGGCAAUUCAUCGUAUUUGCAUCGGUGAACUAAAACCAACGGAUUUAAUCGACUGCAUACGUAACCAUCCGGAACACAUGAAUGAAGACGCCUCGAUGACGUUCAAGUCUAAGCCCAAGUGCCACCUUUGAAGAUUCUCCCAAUGUCGAUUCUCGAGAGAAGACUCGUCACAUCAUUCAAUCAACAUCAUACUCGAAAGCGUGAUGCUAGUUAAGUGAUUUAUUGAAUUCGAUUAUCAGUUAUUAAACCGCAGUAAAACAUUAAUUAUCAAGCUAGAAUACAAUCGAAAUAAGUUCCUUUUUUGUUGCAAUAGUGAUAGUUUGAUCAUAACAUUGACACAGCAAUUCUAUUCAUUAUGUAUAUUUUUUGUAUUUUUUUUAUUAUUACUUAUAGAAAAAUACGUUAUUGAAUUGGAUAAAAGGCUUUUUAAUUCUUUCGUUGAAGAACUUGAAAAAUAGUUGAAUCAAGCAAUGAAUGAAUGAAAUGAGCAAAUUGGAGAAAAUUUUGCAAUGUACUCUCAAAUGAUGUUCGAUGCAACUGUGAUAGUUUAUAGACU